GGCUAAGGCGCGGGUGGCGGCCAUGGCGGGCUCUCCGGAGGCGGCGGCGGAGCAGGGCCCGGAGCCCCCUUCGCUUCCCGCCAGCGGCGGCGCGGCGAGGAGAAGGAAGAGGGCCGCUCCCGCCGGGGCCGUGCAGCCGGCGAAGCUGAGCCGCGCCGAGCUCUACAAGCCACCGACCAACGAGGAGCUGAACCGGCUGAAGGAGACCGAGGAUCUGUUCCAUUCCAGCCUGCUCCGCCUGCAGAUUGAGGAGCUUCUGAAGGAGGUGACAUUGAAGGAGACGAAGAAGAAGAAGAUUGAUGCCUUCCUACAUGAAAUAAACAGCCUGCUGAGCGCCAUCCCAGAGACACCAGAAACUGAACUCACUGACCAGGCCUGGCUCCCCAAAGAUGUGAAGGUCCCGUUCCUGCAGGUGCCAUUCAGCGUGAAGGGGAGGUUCCACUUCAUGCCCCCAACCGAGCUGAAGGUGGUGGGUAGCUACCUACUGGGCACUUGCAUUAAACCAGAGAUCAAUGUGGACAUGGCAGUGACCAUGCCGCGGGAAAUCUUCCAGGACAAAGAUAACCUAAAUCAGCGCUACCACCGGAAGAGAGCUCUGUACCUGGCCCACAUUGCCCAACAUUUAUCUAAGCAGAAGCUCUUUGGCAGUGUGAAGUUUGCCUACAUGAACAGCAACCAUCUCAAGCCCAUCCUGCUCCUGAGGCCUCAAGGCAAGGAUGAGAAGAUGGUCACUGUCCGACUCCACGCGUGUCCUGCCCCGGGUCUCUUCAAACCCAGUCGCUUCUAUCCCAGCAAGAACAAUGUCCGGACAGCCUGGUUCAUGGAGCAGAGCACCCCCAAAGAAGGAGCCACUGAGCCCCCGACCCCGCACUACAACAACUCCAUCCUCUGUGACACAGUGCUGCUCUCCCACCUGCAGUUCUUGUCUAGUGCAGCCACUGACUUCCCAGGCAUGAAGGAUGGUGUGGCCCUUCUCAAAGUUUGGCUUAACCAGCGGCAGCUCAGCAAGGGCUUGGGGUGCUUCAGCGGCUUCUUGGUCUCCAUGCUGGUUGCCUACCUGCUGAUGAAGCGUAAGAUCGUCAAGAUGAUGAGUGGGUACCAGGUGCUGAGGAGCACCCUGCAGUUCCUGGCCACCACUGACCUGAGCGUGACAGGGAUCAGCCUAGUGAAGGAUGUGGAUCCCUCCCUGCCUGUCCUGGAUGACUUCCAUCAGGCAUUUGAAGUGGUCUUCGUGGAUCCCUCUGGGCUGGUGAACCUCUGCGCUGAUAUGACUGCCAGCAAAUAUCACCAGGUCCAGUUUGAAGCCAAGUGCUCCAUGGAAAUUCUGGAUGAUCGGAUGGUGGAUGGCUUUCAGGCGCUGCUCAUGACUGCGAAGCCCAUACUCAGAGCCUUUGACCAUGUCUUCCACCUGAAGCAUGUCUCCAAGCUGCAGGGUGCCUGCAAGAAGAUGCAGCUGCUGAAUGAGCUGAUGGAUCGGGGUGGGAACUAUGUGGCUGCAGCCCUUCCCUUCAUUGUUUCACUGCUGGCCCGUGGGCUGUCCGGGAGAGCGCUGCUUGUGGCUCACUCCUUGCCACAGAUCCCUGAGUGGCCAAUUGAUGCUGAGCCCCCAAAACACAAGGAUGUUGGGCCCCUGACAUUUGGGCUCCUGUUUUAUCCUGACUUUGCUGCCAGCAUGCUGGAGAAGGGACCACAGGCUGAUCACCCUGAGGCCCUGGACUUUCGGACCUUCUGGGGGGAGAAGUCAGAGCUGCGGCGGUUCCAGGAUGGCAGCAUCCGCGAGGCAGUCGUGUGGGAGGCCAACACUGCCUACCAGAAACGCCUCAUUCCUGAGCAGAUUGUCAGGCACCUGCUGAAGCUCCACGCGGAUGUUCCCGAGUCCUCCAUCUGCUACGUGGGAGCCCUGCUGGAGUCUGUGAUCAGUACUGGGAAAGAGGCAUCAGGGACGGGUGAGGAGGCCAUGGUCAGUGUUGUCCGCUCCUACGACGACCUGAGCCGCAAGCUUUGGCACCUGAAGGAGCUGCCGCUGAUGGUGACGUCUGUGCAGGGUGUCCAUCCAGCCCUCCGGUACACGGAUGUUUUCCCUCCCAUUCCCAUGAAGCCGAUUUAUUCCUUCCAUACCCAAAUCAGGACAAAACACUUGCUGCUUCCCGCAGAGGAGAAGCCCUGCCCAGCCUACAUAACCCCUUUGAAGAUGAUCUGCCACAUGGAAGGCAGUGGCCAAUGGCCCCAGGACAAAGACGCCAUCAAGCGCAUCAAGGCAGCUUUCCACCUCCAGCUGGCUGAGCUCCUCCAGCAGCACCACCAGCUGGUUUGCAGACCAGCGGUAACCCACACUGAUGUGUACAAGGAUGGGUAUGUUUUCCGUCUCCAAGUAGCCUACCACCGGGAGCCCCUGAUCCUGAAGGAAGUGGUCACCCCGGAAGGAAUGCUGAAGUACCAGGACACAGAGGAAUCUCAGCAGCUGGAGCUAGAAAUACAACAUCUGCCCUAUUUAACCAGCUCCCUGCAUGGGCUCCAGCAGCAGCACCCUGUCUUCGGCAGCACUUGCCGACUGGCCAAGCGCUGGGUCAGUGCCCAGCUCCUGAGUGACAACAUGUCUGAGGAGUGUGUGGACCUCCUUGUGGCAUUUCUCUUCCUCCAUCCAGCCCCCUUCACACCACCCAGCUCUCCCCAGGUGGGGUUCCUGCGCUUCCUUGACUUGCUGGCAACCUUUGACUGGAAAAACAACCCUCUGAUUGUCAACCUUAAUGCUGGCCUCACAGAUGCUGACUGCACAGAGAUCAAGAACAAGUUUGUGGCUUCUCGCUCCCGCCUCCCUGUCAUGUUCAUUGCCACCCCCAAAGACCAGUGGAGCUCCAUGUGGACCCAGGAGCAACCCUCUGCUCAGAUCCUGCAGCGACUUAUUGUGCUGGCCUCAGAGUCUCUCCGUGCCUUGGAGGAGCAGCUCAUGGACCCACUCAAGACCCAGGAUGUGAAGUUGGUCUUCCGCCCUCCUUUGGACUUCUAUGAUGUCCUAAUCCACCUGAAUCCAAAACAGAUUCCUCGGCAUCUGGAGAGCGUCGACCGGCCACUGAAGUCAUUUUCCCGGGGUGUGGUGAAGAACAGCACUGCCGAGAAGAUCCUCUUUCCUGUGGUGGAUUAUGACCCUGUACAGUGCUAUCUCCAGGAGCUGAGAGAUGCCUUCAGUGAUCUUGCCUUGUUCUUCUACGACAAACAUGGUGGGGAAGUGAUUGCAGUUUUGUGGAAGCCUUUGAGCUUUCAGCCUCAGCCUUUUAAGGUGUCCAGCAUGAAAGGAAGGAUGGUGACAACUCUGAAUGACAAGCUUGUCUGUGUUCCCAACGUGGAGGCAAUUCUGGAGGACUUUGAGGUUUUGGGAGAAGGCCUGGUGAAGAGUGUGGAAGCUCGUACAGAGAAAUGGACUAUCUGAGGCCACUGCGAGGUGUCAGAGGGACCCAUCCUGAAGCAGUUUGUUCACUCUGGGACUGUUCCUUUUUAUAAAUCAGUCUUAGGAAAGUCUUUUGUCUUUUUAAAUCCCAGAACUGUGUGUUUUACUCUAUUUAUCUUUAUAUGCCUUGUUCAGAAAAGUGAUGAGACCUGUUCCUGUUUUCAAGAAUACAAAUGCCUUUUUAUUUUGAAGAAAAUAUAAAGAGAGGAUAAAGCUUUUGAAGGUGUUCUUGUUCACUGUAGGAAACAAAGCUGUGUUCACAUGAGAAUGUCAAGGCCUGAAAAUUGUGGCUGAAGUGUGCAUUAGGCACAGUUUCCUAGUUCAGUAGAGAGUUUAUAGCAACUGCUUAUUUCAGUGGUUAACAAAACCGAUGAAACACUGAGCCAAAAAUGAUCAGUUAUUGGUCAGCCUUGGUGAGACGCCUCUGUCCUAUGAGGACAAGAGCUGGGCUUGCUCAGCCUGGAGAAAAGAAGGCUCAGGGGGACCUUGGCAAUGUGUUUAAUACCUGAUGGUGGAGGGGAGAAGAUUGAGUCAGGCUCUUCUUGGUGGUGCCCAAUGAUAGGAUGAGGCCUAAGUUGAAAUGCAGGAAAUUAUACUUAAAAUACUUUUUUCACAGUGAGGAUGGUUGAACACAGGCACAGGCUGCCUAUGAAGGUGGUGAAGUCUCCAUCCUUUGGAGAUACUCAAAAUCCAGCUGUAUAUGGUCCUAGGUGGUCUGCUCAAGGUGACUCUUUUCUGGGCAGGGUGUAAGGUUAUUUCUGAUGUGUGGAAUGAGUGUGGGGACUCCUGAUGGGGAAGAAGAGAGAAGAGGGAGCAAAUGUGCUAGCCCCAUUCCCUCUUCUGAUGGUGGCAGCACACGUGUUCCAGCAGCAAAGCACUAGGGAAUCACAUCCAGAGUAAAGAAAACAGACUUCAUGACAGCAGAUAUUGCAGAAACCAAAAAACAGAUGGAUCUUGGAAAGGAGAGUGGAUGUUCAUGCAGUUUAACUGUAGACAGUUGUUGCUUGGUAAGCAGCAUUUCAGAUGGGAUGUUAAAUCUGUUUCUUCAAGACCUACUGGCCUUCCCAGCUGUUGAAAGUGGGUCCGAGGCUUUGUGCAGGACGUCACCAACUUGCUUUUCAAAUGUUUUCUCUGAAGGAUCCGAAAGGAGAUUGGGGCAGAGAUGGGGCACUGGGCUGCUGCUGUCUGCCUACUGCCCAUUGAUCCAGUGUUUGCAGGCACAGUGUGUCCUACAUAAUAGAUACAUGUAUGCAGCUUCUCUGGUUUUGGGAUACAUUUUCUAUAUUAAAAUCAGAAGAAAUA